CCCUCCACCGACCAGUUCCUCGAAAUGCUGGUCAAGCGGGGCGGCGGCUUUGAUGGCAAAGAUGCAGUCCUGGACGAGGUGCGCGCGACGCUGGCGGCCAACGAGGCAGCCGCUGACGCGCCUGCCGACCUGUCCACCAAAGGCCUCCAGGACCUCCUCCAGCGCCAGUCGCGCAAGAGGAAGCAGCUCGAGGCGGCGCAGGAGAGGGCCAAUGCCGCUGCCGAGGUCCUCGAGCAGGCCAAGGCAGCCCACGCGGCGGAGAUCGAGAUCCUCCAGCGUCACCAAGACUCCUUCGCGGAGCUCGACAAGUACGUCAAGGCCGCGCAGGCCAAGACGGUCAUCCCCGACAUCGGGAUCCAGGCUGACGCCGGGGACCCAGCGUCGGAUCUGCAAUGGCUCGAAAUGUUCAGCCUGUUCUUGGGCAAAGGCGCGGGGCGCUUCGGCUUCGACGUCACUGAGCUCAAGACCCAGGCCGCUGCCAAGGUCACCGAGGUUAAGGCGAAGAUCCCAGAACCUCAGGCCAUGGAUUGGGACGCUGAGGACCCUGACCUGGUCGAGCACCUCAAGAGCUCCGGCGUGGACACCACCGACCCCGCUCGCGUCGAGCGCUUCAUGGAAGGCCUCCAGAAAGUGGCCAAGAAGCAGCGGGUUUGA